AUUUCUAAUGAUGUAAUACAAGUGUAAAAAGUAUAUUUUGAUAGUGGAAUAUUAUAUGUUUAUUAAAAAAGGAAUAUUUUUGGAAACUAUAAUAUUAUGUUGAAUUAGUCAAGUAUUUCACAUAUUGCGCAAUCAGAUAACGAGAAUCUUAUAUAGUUCGAGAGAAUGAGGAAAAAAUGUAUAGUUGUUAAACGUGCUUUCUGCAGCUACAUGAUGAGAAAAUCUAAUUUGAAGAAUGGAAUACACCAAAAAUUUGCCAAUAAUAAUGAAAGCGAUAAUGUUGCAAAUUAUUUCGGACUCCGAAACACUGGCCACGAAGCCAUUGAUUUAAGGAAAAAAUUAAAAUCUUUAAUCGACACAAAUACUGUUUUUUGUAGUUUUGAAUUAUUAUCUUUAAAAAAUGAUGAUUUUUACCAAAGUUUCUUUACAGAAAUGAAUAAAUAUCAUCCUCUUUUUUAUGCAUUGACAUCACAUACAAAGAAUAAGACCAAACAUUAUGAGUUUUUAAAAUUAACUGAUACAUUUCCAAAUAAUGUGCUUCUCCACCUUAUUGCGAAUAAUUUAACUCGGACAGAUGCAAAAAGUAUUCUAGAGGAAGCUCUGAAAUGUGGUAUACGCAAUGUUUUUGCGUUGCGAGGAGACUCCAUAACUGCAAGCAGUGAUUUUCCACAUGCCGUUGACUUAGUGCGUUUUAUAAAAAGUCAGUUUGGCGAUACAUUUUGUAUAUGUGUUGCCGGUUAUCCGGAAAUUCAUCCAGAGUCCCCAUCUAAAGAACUGGAUUUGUUUUAUUUAAAAGAAAAAGUUAACGCGGGGGCUGAUUUUAUAAUAACUCAGAUUUGCUUUGAAGCAAACAUUUUUAUUAAGUUCGCUAAUGAUUGUAAAGAAGUUGGAAUCAACGUCCCGAUUAUUCCCGGAAUUUAUCCGAUUCAUAACUAUUCGUGCCUUGAAAAAAUAGCAAAUGUUUGUAAUAUUAAAAUACCACAGAAUAUUUUAGAUUCUUUACAAUCUAUAAAAGAUGAUGACAAUAAAGUACGCAAUUAUGGAAUAGGAUUAUCAACAAACAUUAUUGAAGACAUCAUUGCAAGUGGAACUACUUGUGGUUUUCAUUUAUUUACAUUAAACAGAACAUCAUUGAUAUCGGAAAUAUGUAACGAGUUGGAUAUUUUUCAUUGACUGUCCUAGGAUAGAGGAGAUUUAAUUAAUAAACGAACAAAUAACAUUUGUAGUAAAAA